AGGAAUAUAUAUGCAUGCAUGUAUUGAUUGACUUAAAAUAUUUUCAGAGUAAAAAAGCUCAUACUUUAAAAAAACUGAUAAAAUAGUCAAACUAAAUUUUCAAAAUAAACUCUGAAGGUUCGCCGUUUUCUUGCAGUAGUGAUGAUGUAUCAAAAAUAAAAUUAAGAAAAUUCGUGAUUCACAUUCGUAAUCAAAUUUCUGAAAAAAGUAAAAACAGUAUGUACUUUUUUCGAAUAUAUCUAAUCAUAAAUCCGAGCUCAUGAAUGAGAUAGCUGUUGACCUUAGAGGCGCAAAAAUUUCUUUGAGAAAACUUGAUUGUGACAUCUCGAUUCAAUGUUCCUAUCAAAUUAUGCCGAUUAUCUUUAAAGGAGCUUGAUUCUCUUAUGCUCUGAGCGUAAUGUCAAUAAUGUUCUAAAUCGCAGGUAACCAGACCUUAUCGAGGAAGAAGGGUUCAGAGUUCAAGAUGAAAAAAAGCUGAUUUGAUCAUCUUCAUCUGUCUUGUUUAGUACAUGCAAAAAUCAAAUCUCCUUAAAUUUUAAUUUCUAAGUCUAGUACGUUUUUAAUUUAUAAGCGCCUUAAUGUAUAUUUCUUUUUCAAAUUAUUUUUCUAUGAUUGAUGUUGUGAUAUUAGAACCAUGGAAUUUAUGAAAAUGUUUUUGACAACUCUGUUAUUGAUAAUAUUUGAAUUUUAUCACACAGAAGCUUAUAGAAAAUAUUAUGUUGAAGAUGAAUGCGUUUCUCCGACUGAAUUUCAGAAAAUUUUCUUCAAAUUGCCUCCAUCUGGGCCAGAUUCUGUUGGUGAGGUGCGUUCGAAUCGUUUCGGGACAUAUUCCAGAACGGGCCGCAAUUGUCUAAUCAAGCUACUUCCUCCAAAAGGAUUUGGAGUUCUUGUAACAAUACUUCGUGUGGAUUUUAGAAACCAUGAAGCAUGUAAAGACUACAUAAAGAUAUGAAUGAUACAACCUGCAGCGCACCCGAUGAAUUUAUGUGUCAAAAUACGCAUUGUAUAUGGGCUGGAGUUCAAUGUGAUGGAAUCAAUAAUUGUGGUGAUGGAAGUGAUGAAAAUUCAACGGAGCAUCCCCAUUGCAGUAUGUACAAACAGCUUAAACAGCUCUUCUUUUCUAGAAUAGCUGAAGUAACGCCCAUCGCCAUUGCUGCUGUUGUUUUAGGAAUAACAAGUUUGAUAGCAGUACUUAUUCUUUUAUGCCUGUGCUGCUGUCGACCACAACAUUCAGUAUCUCGAAAAGCAUCUCUAGUAGAAAAUUCACCCCACAGAUCUAAUGGUGGAUACAUGCCACUACCAGGAUAUACAUUUGAUGUUAUGGAUCAUGGUUUUCCUUAUCAACAGCCUAUUCAUUCCCAAAGAGUUCAACCUUCAGCCCCACUUUCAUUUUCCUCAAGUUAUCCAUCGAGCAAAAGUAACCCAUACAUACAAAGGAGUAUUGAAAUUCAAUACCAUCAUCCACCUCCGCCAUACAAACCAUGAUAAACAUUAUGUGGGGAAAUACUAAGUUUUUAAAUGUAAUUAUGUCCGAUAUCUAUCUAUAUUUAAUUUCUGAACAGUGUAUUUGACUUGCAUUUUAGCUUGUACGUUUAACAGAAAAAAAUACAGAUUGCUUUUUCUUCUGUAAAUUUGACAGUCAGAAAGCAAUCGUUUGUCCAAAAUGCAUUUUUCAGAAGUUCAAAGACAUUCUCUCUAACCUAAGUACCCAACGCAUGCAGGACUGUUGGCAUUGAUUACGAGCACCCAGCUUCUCCAUACAGAGCACGUUCAACAUUUUGUGAAGAGAGGCUAAAUUUUUAUAGACAAGAUAUGUCUGAAUUUCAGCUAUGUUUGAUAUUUGAACAGAGCAUUUAACGUACAAGCUUUUGGAUUAUAUUUUUAUUUGCAAAUAUUAGAGUAUUGCUCUUACUUCUGUAAAUAUAAAAAAUGAAUGCCAGAAAAUUAUUCCAAAGCUCAAUUUUGAAUAAUUCAAGACAACCCAUUUAACCAAAAAGUCCAACACACAAAAGACUGUUGACAAUAUAUACAAUCAUCCAUUGAGCAUGACAAACAUUUUGUGUGGACAUACAAAGUUUUUAAAUGAAAGAUAUGUUUGAUAUUUUGGUCGUAUUUGAUUUUUAACUUUUGAACAACGCGUUUGACUUGCAAGCAUUUUGUUUUAUACUUAUAAUAUCAAACAUUAGAUAGAAUUUUGUUUUUUUUUCCAGUAAAUGUGAAAAUUGUUUAACAGAGAGGUACCACUAUACCAGUUUGCAAUUUUCAAUUUUUUAAAGACAAUUUGUAGUUUAAAAGUAUUGUUUUUUUCUACUAGUUUUGUGAGUACUGUUCAAAUAUUAUACACGUGAAAGCAUUUUUAUAUCUAGUCUGAUAAUAAACAGCAAAGUUUUACUUA